GAAGAUGCACAGUAAAAUCUUGCCUGGGAUAGCACUUGAUCCGUGGGAACAAUUGCAGGACUGGGGGAGCCAGACAUCAGCUAUUGAGGAGACUUGUGCUCAGGCUAUUUUUUUGGAAGAAAACAACUUUGCUGUUUACAGCUGUCCUUCUAUGCCUUCAUUUUCUGCCAGUCACCGGACCACAGUCUCAUACAGCGAGGAUGAGUCCAACAGUGGACAUCGGUCUACUUCACUUUCCCCAGAUAGAGUAGAUGACAAGUGAGGAUUAAAAGCAGACUGCUCCCUCAAAGCCCAGUUAAGGUUGGUUGAGGCAGCGACAGCGCAACAACACGUUUUUCCCAUUUAAUCCACCGGAGACCUCCUCAGGCAAAGGAAGAGGCCAGGUCACAGACCUAACAGCCAAAAAAGACUGCUCUUUUUUUGAGUUUACUUUUCAGCAUGUUGCCCGUGAACACCCAUUGCUUUGCAUUAUAAUGCGCAAAUGGAUGCUGAGGUGGAACCUGCCAAAUCUGCUCUCCGGACUGUACUUGCACAUUUUCUUUCUAGUGGGCAGUGUGUGUUUAGCCUGCAGUGAUAGGACUCCAGAGCAAAUGGCUGCAAUUAUGAACUGUUCCAAACAUGAACGGCACACCAGAAAUUACGACUAUAUGGAGGGAGGGGAUGUAAGAAUCAGACAGCUUUUCAGCCGGACGCAGUGGUUUCUCACAAUCGACGAAUACGGCAAUAUCAACGGAACACAAGAUCCCACAAAUUGCUACAGUAUUCUUGAAAUCCGGACAGUCUCAGAGGGAGGUGUCCUGGCCAUUAAGGGGGUGAAAAGCCAAUAUUACAUAUCAAUGAACAGGACAGGGGUUCUGCAAGGCAAGAAGACCUACAAUGAAAACUGCAACUUUAAAGAGGUAUUCUUGGAAAACUACUUCAACGCUUACUCAUCUGCAAAGUGGACUAAGCAAAAUGGUAAGGAAAUGUUCAUCGCUCUGUCUCAGAAGGGCCGACCGCUGAGGGGAAGGAAGACCAGGAAGGAGAAUAUCUCAUCUCACUUCAUUCCCAUGAAAUGCAAAGAGGAAGACAGACGAGUGGACUGAUGUUGCAGGAUCGCCUGCAACCUUGUGGUGAAUUAAGGACAUAGUCGUGGCUUUUCCAGUGCUUCGGAACAGUAGUACAGAUACUUUACGCAAUUCGGUCACACUUAUUUUAAGCUCCGUCUAUUAACUGUUGUCAGCCAUACAGCAAACAUCUUCAUUCAUUAGGUGGUCUUUGGCAAAACCUUUUCUAGCUAGUAAACAGGAAAUAAACUGUCUGAUGGUUUGAAAUUGUGUAGAAAUUGCUAUUCUAAGAACAGUUUAUAUAUGUAUGUUAUAAUAACAUUUUUCUGCUUACCUCCGACAACCUGUUUACUGUUUGCUUACCAUCUGUUCACAGUUAAAAAUGAAAAACGUAAAUAUUAUUUUUGAAUAUAAUAUUAUUUGUGAAGUGUGACAAGUAUAAAUUCACUCUGACAUCACAAAUAUAAAUGUCAAUUGGGUGGUUGAAAGAGAUAUUGUUUCAUUAAAUAUUUAAGAUAAAGGACUAUUGUGAACAUGAUAAAGGACAGAACCAAAGUAUAUAUAAAUAUUGUAAAUAAUUAAGUGGCAGGUCACACAAAUUGGCAUGUCGACAUUUAAUUGGAAGACUUCUUCAAAUGAGUAUAAUACCAUUUUAUAGUUAAAACCUAAUGGGAUUUUUUAACGCUUUGAUGCUUUUUUUGCAUAAAAUAUUAACAAAUGUUACAUAUGAAUGAAUGCAAAUAAUAUUUCUAUUCAAAUACAGUAUGUGUGUGAGCAAAACUGAAAUAUGUGAUCAUGUUAUCUUCUAUAAUGGUUAUCAAGUAGUGGAAAAGGCUGAAAGUCUGAAAGGAGG